AGGACACUGAGCUCAGCACUGUCACUUCCACCCAGCCCUGCUCAACGGUGCUUCCGAGCAGCAGGUGGCGCGAGGGAUGCUGAGCCAGAGGCGCACGCAGGCGGUGCUGGCGCUGUGCCUGCUGCUGCUGCUGUGGCAAAGCUUCCGAGCCCCCCGGGAUGGCCCCGGGGCUCCCUCCCGCCUCGCCCCCCGUGCCCGCUGCCCCGGCACCAACAGCUCCGCCUGGUUCAGCGCCCGCUACGACCCGGCCGUGGAGCCUCUGCUGCCGGGCAGGGCCCCCGAGCUGCCCGCGGAGGUGGUUCAGUGGUGGCUGAGCCUGCAGGGUCCCUCCAGGGCUGUCCAGCUCCAGCCCAUAAUUCGGCAGCUCUUCACUGUCUUCCCGGCCCCGACCGGCAGCGCGUGGGACCCGUCUGGCUGCAGGACGUGUGCUGUGGUGGGGAACUCGGGGCAGCUGCAGGGCUCCGGCCACGGGCUGCGGAUCGACGCCCACGACUGGGUGCUGCGGAUGAACAGAGCACAGAUCGCUGGCUUUGAGCUGGAUGUUGGCAGGAGAACCACCCACCACUUCAUGUACCCAGAGAGCGCAGUGAACCUCGCGCCUGGCACCCACCUGGUCCUUGUCCCCUUCAAGCCUCUGGACCUGCAGUGGGUGGCCAGCGCCUUCUCCACCGGAGAGCUCACGCGCACGUACGCGAGAGUGAAGCGGUUCAUCCAAGCUGACCGACACAAGGUGCUGAUCCUGAGCCCAGCUUUCCUCAAGUACAUCCACGACAACUGGACGCAGCGACGCGGCCGGUACCCGUCCACCGGCUUCACCGCCCUGCUCUUCGCCCUGCACACCUGCCAGCAGGUCUCUGUGUUUGGCUUUGGCGCAGACAGCCAAGGGAACUGGCACCACUACUGGGAGAAAAACCGCUGGCCCGGAGCCUUUCGCAGGACCAGGGUCCAUGAUGCUGAGGUUGAAUUCAGCCUCAUCGAGAGGCUGGCAGCUGAGGGCAGGAUUUUGUUCUACAAAUGAUGCCUUUCCCAGAAACUGAGGCCAGGCUGCUGGCACAGGGACUGGCAGCCCCCAGCACCACCAGUAGCUGCUGCUGGAUCUUGCUUCUCCCCCAGCAGCACCACAUGCCAGGGCUCACACACCCUGCCAGCCCCAGGCUCCUGGCACUGCCUCUGCUGGUCCCACCAGCUGGGCGAGGUGACACACUCCUUGGCACUGGGGACACCGUGUUAGGCUGGACACGGGGUGGGCACAGCUCUGCAACACUGGCUGGGAGAGAGGGAGGGGAGACAGUGGGACUGGAGGCAGGCAUGGAGCCCAUGAGCUGCUGUGUGUCCCUGUGCUGGCCACCAAGCUAUUGGGUGGCAGCGAUGGUGGUGACAGCAGCUGCUCAAACGUGGCUGUCCACAUGAUGGAGCUGCCAUUUCCUCCCCCUCAUGGGUUGUGGGGAGAUUUGCAGUUGCUCUUUGGGAAAGGGGAGAGGGGCAUCUUCCCUUCCUGUCUUUUUAUAACUAAGGAAACAAUUUUACAAUUGUAUCAAAGAAAAGAAAGAAAGGAAACCAUCAAGCAUCCAAAUCAGAAGAUGACACAAUCAUAGAAUCCCAGACUGAUUUGGGUUGGAAGGGACCUUCAAGAUCAUCCAGACCCACCCCCUGCAUGGGCAGGGACACCUCCCACCAGCCCAGGUUGCUCCAAGCCCCAUCCAACCUGCCCUUCAACACUGCCAGGGAUGGGGCAGCCUGGGCCAGGGUCUCACCACCCUCAUAAGAAAGAAUUUAUCAAGUACAGCUGAAAUAAUUUUAAUUUAAUAAACCUUGAAAACACCCAUGAAGCUGCCAUUAACAUCUGCUUCACCCUUGGAGCCCUCACUGCUCUGACAUGAGCACCAGCUCCC